AUGAACCACGAUCUUUCUGCAGAACAGGUCCAGAUCCUCAAAACCCAGUGUCUCCAAGGCUCCAUAGUCACCGGUGCCAAUGUUGAAAAUGCCCUGUACGGCGCAGGCAUCUGUGCUGAAAGAACAGCCAUCACCAGAUGCAUAAUGGAAGGUUCCAAGGAGCUUCAAGCUAUUGCAAUUCUGGGUGAUUCCGCCGAGCCAAUUAGUCCUUGUGGAAUUUGCCGUCAAUUCAUCCGAGAGUUUGCUCCAAAGGUGCCUAUUUUCAUGUUUUCGGGGAAAAACGAUGAUAUGGUGUGUAAGACCUUGGAGGAGCUUCUUCCCAUGAGUUUUGGCCCUGAGCAGCUACAGUAG